AUGAGCAAGCGCGACCACGAGACCAUGGCCGACACGACGCCGACUGAGGGAACUGAGGGAGGCCUCCUCCGUGAGCCCCAGAAGCGCUUCUACCGCCAGCGUGCGCACGCGAACGUCUUUGUCGACCAUGAGCUCGACUACCCCGCUUCCCCUGACCAGAUGGACUGGUCAGUCCACUACCCGAAGUACUUUCCUCCCGGAGAGAAGAAGGUCGAGUGGGCCGACGUCGGUUGUGGCUUCGGUGGACUUCUGAUGGCUCUCGCUCCUCAGUUCCCCGACACCCUCAUGCUUGGAAUGGAGAUUCGUGUUGCCGUUACGCAGUACGUUUCUGACCGUAUUGCGCACGCGCGCCAGGAGAAUGCCGGACCGGACGGCAAGCCCGGAGGCUUCCAGAAUGUGUCCGUCAUCCGCGCCAACUCGAUGAAGCACAUGCCCAACUUCUUCGAGAAGGGACAGCUGUCCAAGAUCUUCUUCCUGUUCCCGGACCCGCACUUCAAGCUGCGCAAGCAGAAGGCGCGCAUUGUUACCACGACGCUCCUCGCCGAGUACGCCUAUGUGCUCAAGGAGGGCGGUAUUCUCUACACCGUUACGGAUGUGAAGGACCUGCACGAGUGGAUGGCGCACCACCUGCACAAGCACCCUCUGUUCGAGUACAUUCCGACCGAGGAGCUGAAGGACGACCCGAUCCUCGAGGCUGCCCGCACGGCGACGGAGGAGGGAAAGAAGGUCGAGCGCAACGGCGGCGACAACGGUGGAGGGUUGGGUGUCGAGGUGGGGAAGGAGGAAGGAGGCAGGUGA